AUGGACAGCGGCGGUGGCGGUGGUGGUGGCGGUGUGGGUGGUGAAGGUGUCGGAGGAGGUAGUGACUUGGAUGGUGGUAGAGGCGGAGGCAUAGGAGGCAUGGGUGGUAGAGGUGUCGAAGGAUGUUGUGACUUGGCCGGUGGUGGCAGUGGAGGCAUGGGUAGUGAAGGUAUCGGAGGAGGUGCUUACUUGGCCGGUGGUGCCGAUGGAGGAGCCGUGGGAGGUGAAGGUGUCGAAGGAGGUGGUGACUUGGCCGGUGGUUGGGAUGCAAGAGGCGUGGGUAGUAAAGAUGUCGGAGGAGGUGGCGACUUAAGCUGUGAUGGUGGCAGUGGUGGAGGAGGCAAAUUUCGCAAGUUGUUGAAUAGUCAUGCUUCGAAAUUCGAAUUGAUUGAGAAUUUCUGCUAA